AUGUUUAUCAGCCAGUGAGGCGAGAGUAGACACUGUUUCUAUAGUUUAAGGGAGAACGCAAACAGGAAUCGAUAAGACGACCUCUGCGCGUGAAUCUCAUUACUGGUACAACUGAGCGUCUCAGGUCGUCUGGAUACAAGCUCAUAUACACACACUGGCCGCAGGCUCCAUUAUGGCCCCCAUCCUAGGGUACUGGAAUAUCCGAGGGCUUUGUCAGCCUAUCAGACUACUGCUGAACUAUGUUGGAGAGGAAUAUGAAGAGAAAGUAUAUGCACUUGGACCAGCUCCUGAUUUCAAGGAUGACUCCUGGAUGAGUGAAAAGUUCAACCUCGGGCUGCCGCUCCCAAAUCUUCCUUACUGGAUAGAUGGCGACACUAAAUUAGUCCAAAGCCACGCCAUCUUAAAAUAUCACGCAAGAAAACAUAAUUUGUGUCCCAAGUCGGAGGCAGAGGUGGUACGCUGUGAUAUGCUGGAACACCACCUGACUGACGUCAUAGAGCAGCACGUGUAUUUAUGCUACAGCAGCUUCGUUCAGUGGGGAGAUUACGAGACUAAGAAGGCAGAGUUUUUAACUGCAUUGCCGGACAAGAUGAAGCAUUUCUCAGAGUUUCUUGGUGAUCGUCCGUGGUUUGCUGGCGAAAACCUCACUUUCGUGGACUUUCUGGCCUACGAUAUUCUGGACAUCCAUCGCCUGUUUUCACCCGGCUGCCUGGACACCUUCAAAAACCUGACGGAUUACAUGGAAAGAUUCGAGGCUCUCCCCGCCAUUCAAAAGUUCAUGCAGUCAGACAAGUUCAUGAAGAAGCCAGUCUACCAAGAUAUAGCAGACUGGAGCGGGAAAUGAUUUUGGAGGUUGUCUGCGAAUAAAACACAGAUAUUUUUGUUUGAAGUGAAAGGGGCAAGAUUACGUGAAACAUCCAGGUGUAUAGAUUUCGUGUGUCAAAGAGCAAAAUCGAUUAAGAUCAACCAUAGUGUCUUAAGUUCAAAAAUGAGUUCAAUGACUGUCCUACAUGAUAUAGAUUUGAAUUUAUCAAAGUAUUUGACUUUACAUGCAAAGGACUGUAGUCGGAUGAGCAUUAACCAAAGUAUGCGGAUUUAUAAAUCAUGUGUAGGACUGCGGUACUUAUACGAUUCCAAUUAAUAAAAGUGCCCCAUUUUAUAAAAAUAAAAUAAAAGUUAAAUAAAAAAG